AUGCCAGUUGCCCCUAGUAUGAGCUCCAAUGGGAGUCCUUCUCGUCCCCGAAGACAAAGGCGAAUAAAAAAUGAGGACAACUCUGCACAAGUGAAGAUCGAACAGGAGGUCGGUGAGAAGCGCGAAGCUCUUGAGGCUGAAACAGGAGAAGAGACGGAGGCGAAGAGGCCGAAGACAGAAGAAGCUGAUACAAAUGAAUACCCAUUCACCCCAGGGGUAAUCGAGCGUGGUCAUAUAUACUUCUUCUACCGCCCAAAAGUCCAGCAUGAAGAAGUUCAUUCUAUAGACGACGUCGGCAAACUCCAUGUGCUCCUUGUCCCUAGUUCAUCCGAGUCAUUAAGCGUGCAAGGCGAAAUUAAGCAGAGUAAAGAUGUCUCCGGUCCAGAUGCGGAGCAGAUGAACCUUGUGGCGCAAGGCGCAGACGCUGCACCUCCACCUGAAUCAACGACAAAGGAUAAAAAACACUUCCGCUUGAUUAUUGUGGGGAAGAAGAAACUCCCUGACCCUGAACACGAAAGGCACGUCCCAAUUUGGGCGACAGUAAUAUUCCUCGGCGACAAUUUACAUGACCUGGAGAAGAAGUUGGGGGAAAAGACUUAUGAGACAAAAACCCGGGGUACACGUCACACACCACCCGUUCGCCUCGCAGGCCGUGGUGUGUAUGCAAUUGUCAACUCUCAAGGGAAUGUCCCAUCAAGAAAUGCCACUCAUCUCGGAUACCACCUCUCACACCCGACCGAGUUGGGAGAUGUCCAAAAAGCACUUGGGAUUCAUAUUGCAUCCUCUUUCGUAAUCCAAGUCAAAAAUCCCAACGCAGAAGCUCAGGCUGGUCAACGUGUAGGAUUGCCCGAGAGUCGACGUGCGAUGUAUUCAGAAGGCAUCAUGAAACACGUAUUUGGAAGAGGUGAAAAAGGACGUUCGUCGAUUGGGCUCCGAUUCACCAAUUGUAACUGUAUCGAACUUCUGGAGCACGAAGGUGCCGAAUUACUUCUCAUUCCCGCCCGUACGGGAACGGAAGGAAAUGAUCAGAGCCUCGGAAAUGGGCGGGGAGAAGCUUUGGAAGAAGUCAGCCGCUAUGAAUCGGAGGAACGAGUCGAACAAAUUUUUAAGGAACUGGCCUUUGAUAAGGACCAAUUCCCAGCAGAGCCUCUCAAAGGGGAGUGGGCAUAA